AUGAUUGUCAUAUGAAUAGCAGGGUAAUGUUCUAUGGUAAUAGUGUAUUAUAAGUGUAGGUUUACUAAUUUGUUUUUUUUUUACGGUUUUCACGCGUUUCGUCUAUGUCCGUUUGUUUACCAAUACGACAAAGUGAAAUAUCUAUUGAUUCCCGUAUUAUAAAAACACCGUAGUCAAACGUUGUUAUUCUUAUAAAGUGUGUUCAAUUUUGUCUUAUUCGCCCGACGCCGGAUGUCCAACUUACUUAUACCUACCAAUUUGGACAUGAAUUGCGACAGUGCAUCAAUAAAGGACAGCAGUUCGUGAUUGACGGCGAAUCGGGAAAAUAACAUCCAAAGUACGCGUGAGGUACUUACAUAUUUUUAGCUUAAUUUAUAUGUAAUUAGACUUAAAUAAAAGUACCAAAUAAGAAAUGGACAACGUUAAGAAGUACGCCGCAUUUGCGGUUGUUUCGUCUUGCAAAUUAUUGUUUGUUUUCUGACAACUCGUGUUAAAUACCAAACAAUUAAUUUGGUUUACAUUGGUUCAGUUCUCAUGUGUUGCAAUACCGAAGACUUGAUUAAAUACGCUCAUGAUUAUUUGUUAGCUUUACAUGGCAGAAAACACCACCAUUUCCAAUAACAGUGGUAUUGUGGAAUUCAACCACCAUUUAGUCACUGAUCAAGAAACAAGGAUGAGUGGAUCUGGUGGAUCAAAUAGUGGUGGAACAUCAAUCGGUAAUCCAACUGCUAGUGUAGGCACUGUCAGUGUUUUAUUACCAAGCGGUGGUGGGACGAAACGAAGAAGUGCUGUAGGCAGUAAUAGCUCUCACAAUGGUGGUUCUGCUUCAAACUCUGCAUCAAUAUCUGCUGAUUUAGCAUCACUUUUUGAAUGCCCUGUUUGUUUUGAUUAUGUGUUGCCCCCAAUAUUGCAAUGCCAAAGUGGACAUUUAGUUUGUAGUACAUGUCGACCAAAACUCAACUGUUGCCCAACAUGCCGUGGUCCACUAGGAAACAUACGCAAUUUAGCCAUGGAAAAAGUAGCUUCAACAGUCAUGUUUCCCUGUAAAUAUUCAUCAUCGGGUUGCCCUGUAUCUUUAUUGCAUUCUGAAAAAGUCGAACAUGAAGAACUAUGUGAAUGUCGCCCUUACACUUGUCCAUGCCCAGGUGCUUCAUGUAAAUGGCAAGGUGGGUUAGAACAAGUCAUGGAACACUUGAUGGUUGCACAUAAAUCUAUAACAACAUUACAAGGAGAAGAUAUAGUAUUUUUAGCAACUGACAUAAAUCUUCCCGGCGCAGUGGAUUGGGUCAUGAUGCAAUCAUGUUUUGGCCAUCAUUUUAUGCUCGUACUUGAAAAGCAAGAAAAAUAUGAAGGGCACCAACAGUUCUUUGCUAUUGUGCAAUUAAUUGGUAGCCGAAAGCAAUGUGAAAAUUUUGCAUAUAGGCUAGAACUUAAUGGACAUCGAAGACGUUUAGCAUGGGAGGCAACACCAAGAAGUAUACAUGAAGGAGUUUCAACAGCAAUUUUGAAUUCAGACUGUUUGGUAUUCGAUACAAGUACAGCACAGCUCUUUGCGGAUAAUGGAAAUUUAGGAAUUAAUGUUACAAUAUCAACAAAUGUAUAAAGCGCAUAAAUAUUUGUAUGGAAUAAUAUCCAUGAAAAAUAACAAAAUGUUUUUCUAUUAUGACUUAUUCCUAACCAACUAAUUAAAAUAUGAAUGUAAAUAAAAUAUAAAUUAAUCAACUGUGCAUUCUUGCAUUCUAGGUAGAUAACUAAUGUAUGAAUCAGUUUAUGGUGAGAAUGUGUACAUAUUUCUGAUUAUUCCAAUUAUAAAUAUAAUCAAUACUUGUAUAAUUUAGUUGUUGACAACAUUUGUUAAAUAAUUAGCCUGAAAAUGUAAUUUAAUGAUAUUAAUUUUUAACACUGAGUAUCUUAGUUUGUUUAUAAGACUUGAGUACAUGCAUAUAUGAUGCAUGUGAGUAUAUGAUUAUAUUUCACAUACUUUUUAAACUUGGAACUCUACAAAAUAUUAUUUGUUUGAAAAAUAAAUCUUGUUUAUAUUUCUGUGAGUUUUAAUAAUAACUUACAUUUGUUGUUUAUUUAAAAUAACUUUAUAUAAAAAAAUAAUACCUAGGUCAUCUAUGAAUAUUUUUUUUUAUCUAUAUUUAAAAAAAAAAUGUGAUUCAAAAUUAAAUAGUUAAAUCAGUUUCAAUUCUAAAUCGUAUUUUCUUUUUUGCAUGUAUUUAAAUUUUUAAUCAUUAACAUAAAUAUAUCAUACAGUUUCAAUGAUAUGCUUAAGACAUGUGUUAACUAUUUCUUUUUUAUAUGGAUUUUGUUCAUCACUUGUAUACUCACCAUAGUAUGACUUGUAAGUUAUGAAAAUAAUGUAUAUUAUAUGAUUAAUUAAUAAUUUUGUAUAAUAUUGUAAAUACUUAUUGUAAGUAUAAUUUUAUUUAAAUUAAAUUUACAAAUUAUAAAAAUAAUAACUUAUCAUUAUUUCAUACAUCAUGAAAAUAACAUCUUAUGAAAAAUAUCAUUACAAAAACUAAAACUGUUGAACUGAUUUGUUCUUUUAAAAAUACAAUGUGUCUCAUAUGUACAAACCUCUUGUUUAAUAUAGUUGAUGUAGAAUUGUGUUUCUCAAUAAUAAAUAUUAAACUAAUUGCUUGAGAUUUUUUCUUGAAAAACCAAGACAUUUGUAUUAUUAUUAAAGUUGGUAUGUGAAAAUUAGUACCUAGUAAUGCUAGGUUUAAUAUAAUCAUUGAUUUUCUUAGAAUGUAAAUUCGUUUUAUAAACUUGAAUGUAUUUAAUAAAUUAUUAGGCACCACAGUAGGUCUUACUUUUCAUUAUUUUUGUGUUUUUGUUUUUUUUAUUACCCAUUUGUGUUCAUUUUAUAUGCUAUUUUAUCCAGGGGCAGAUUUAUUACAGCGAAGUCCUAAAGCGUCUUGAGCUCUAGACCUUAACACAGAUGUAUAAUAUACAACAAAUGUAUAUUAUACAUCAUAUUAUUUAUAUUUGUACUCCCUAAAACAUGUGCAUCCCAGGCAGUUGUCUAGUAUGCUAUACAUCCGCCCCUGAGUUAAUUUUUACUCAUUUUAGUUAUUUGGUCAUUAACAUAAGUGUCCAAUAUAACUUUAAAUUGUAUCUAAUAAUUUAUUAUAAUUUUAUAUGGUUCAAAAUAUUUUUUUUUAUUACUAAAAUUUUUGAAAAAAAAAACUUUAAUAAAAUUAGUUUGUAUAAGUAACUAAAAUAUAAUAUUUUGCUAAAAUUAGAUAUUGUUUUAAUUACUUAUGAUUAUGAAGGCAUUAUUAUAAUAUAUGUAUUUACUACCUAUACUUAAUAAGUUAUAAUUUAUACAUUUCAAUUUUUUUUUUAUUAUUAUUAUUAUUAUUUAAAUAUUAACAGACUACAAGUGUUCAAGUUUGUGUUACUUAUAAGUACCUAGUAUAUGUCUUAGUUAUUAGAUUUUUUUAUGAACUCAGUAAUUUAUUAAUAAAUAUUUAAAAUAAUGACUAUACAACAAAUCAAUUUAUAAGUAUUGUACACGUAUACUUAGGUUAAGGAAAUAGUCUCAACAAUAAAUAUGUAUUUAUAAGGCCAAAAAUUAUGAUAUCUAAAAAUGACGCAACCAUUUAAUUGUGCAGGUACAAAAUAUUAAGUGCAAUGUUAUAGUUGCAGUAACUCUAGGUUUUUAAAUUAAACAAAUAAAACGGUUUCAUUCAAUAUAA